AUGGAUGAUAUCUUAUAUAAAGCAUCGAAUCAGGCGAUGUCUUUCGCCAUUAAAUCAGGAAUUUCCUUAGCUUCUGGGUUUGCUAUUAAGAGAAUCACAAAACUACUUGACAAGUUACCUGAUGAUGAUACUUCGAUGAUUCUAAAGAAACGUAAACGGAUCAGUACGAAGAUCAGUAUCAUCUCAUCUUCAAUUGAAUUGAUCAAGUUGAUUAGUGCUCAAGGUAAUAGUGCAUUGGCUUCCACCAUGGAGUUAAUAGAAGAGUUGGAAGAAAGUUUCGAGACGUUUGAUCAGGAUGUUGAAGCAAUGAUUCAAGAUUUGAAUGGUAAUGGUGAUAAGCAACGUAUCAUUAAGAACGUUGAAAAGAAGAUGAAUGAAUUGAUAGAAGAGAUAGAUGAAAGUGUACCGUUGAUAAACUUGAGUUUAAUCACUUGUAGUGUAAACAGGAAUGGUGUGAGUUUAAGUAAGUUGAUUAAAGCUCUGAAUUACUUGGAAAAGAACACUGAUCCAGGGCAAGACAAAGACGAUGGAGAAGACGCCAAAGACGAAGCCAAAGAAAUUAAUGUGGGACCUCCGUUUUCAUUCAAGUUCUAUUCUAUAUUCUAUAAUCCAUCCAGACUCGAAAAUGGGGGCUCUCAAUUGGAUUGUAUUUCAUGGAAAGAGAAAUAUGCCAAAGCUAUUGUACAAAUAUCAAAAGAUCCAUAUAAUAUCACCAUAACGGAAGAUUUUAAUGAUGGAAGAUAUCAUGACGAUGAAGAUGAACCUGAAAAAAAAGUCAUUAAAUUGGAAGAUAUAGGUAAAUUAUUCUUCACUUCAUCAGGAAAGAUUCUUAGACUUGAUAAUAAUCUACCUGUACUUAUUCUUAAACUUGGAGAAGAUUAUGUAGGGUUCGGAGCUCAUGAUAUUUCACUCGAAAGUGAUUCUGAAACGGAGGAAGAAGGGGAAGAACCUGAAAUCAAAGUCAUUGAAGGUGAUAGAGAUCUUUCAUUAUUUGAAUAUCUUAUAAAGUUACUUAAACUUGAAAAGACAGAAAAUAAAGCUAUUUCAUCAAUAAAUGAUGAAAAAUUAAGCAUUUACCUCGGGAUAAAUAAAGAAAUGGAUAAUAAUAUCAUGAAACUUGAUCGACUUUCAUUACACUAG